AUUAUGUUCAAGUUCGUCGGCGAACUCAUGGGCGUGGAUAAGGAAGAACGGGCAUGGCCGUCGAUGCAAAUAGUAGGCCACCGUACUUACCACGAGAACUCUAUCCCCCAGACAUGGGUAUUGGCUCACCAGAACGGACGACUGUAUCUCGGAAUCAAGGAAGGCACCAUGUCCAACAGCCAAGCCGACUGCACUGACCCUUCGCUCUGGAGAGAUCCAGAAACCUGUUUGCCCCCUCCCGAACUCGAUCCCGCCAACUUAUAUCCAAAGGUUCUGCCUCGUUAUAACCUCUUCCAUCCCCAUAAACAUGUGGCAGGGGACGUUUACAAGAAACAAGGUACUAUAAUGAAGGCGGAUCGUCGGUAUCUUUGGCAGGCCCUCAACACAACUUUUGUAGCACAUACCACUGCGCGGGAGAUUGAUGCUUGUCAGAUACUCGAUUCGCAGCCGCAUAAAAGCAUUUGCAAGUAUUACGGUGUGGAGACUAGCAGUGUGCUCCUAUUCAAGUACCGCAACGAAACCAUCAACCUGACCAUGGACCAGGGGCGUGUCUUGAACCUAGUGUUCGAGAAGUACGAUUGUAACCUUCGGGAAGCAAUCGAACGUGGCUAUCCUAUACACAUCCGGGAUUGCUUGCAAUCGAUAGCUGCGGGUAUACAGCACAUGCACUCCCUGAAGCUUGUUCAUGGGGACGUCAAACCCGAGAACAUACUUGUCAAGUGGUCAAACAGCGCACAUGAUGCGAUGGCGUUGCGGUAUGUUAUAGGAGACUUUGACAGCACCCAAUGGAAGGGCUCAGUGAUUGGUGGCAAAUACGGGACUCCGUUCUGGUCGCGAGACAAGAAACCUGGAGUAGACAUUGUGGAAGAAGACGAUGACUGGUUCGGUUUUGAUCAGUUGAGGAAGUGUUGUUGGAGAAUCAUGGUUCCUGGGUCUUUGCUCGGCAUCUUGAUCAUCGGGGGCGCAGUGUAUUUCAAUCGACAACUUGAGCUAUCCAAACCAUUACCGAGCUUGUACGAGGCAGAUAUUGACGCUGUUGCUGAUGGUUUGGAACGAAGUCUUUUCACAAGCUUACAUCUGGUCAAGACCUACAUCGCCCGCAUCGAAGAAGUGAAUGACAUUUUGAGGCCAGUCACUGAGAUCAAUCCCGAUGCGCUGAUCAUAGCCGCUGCGCUUGACAAGGAACGUUCGGAAGGCAUGGUACGGGGACCAUUACAUGGCAUACCCGUACUCAUCAAGGAUACGAUUGCCACGAAAGAUAAGAUGAACAACACAGCUGGAUCUUACGCCUUGGUUGGAGCCAAAGUUUUCGCUGAUUCUACGGUCGCGAAGAGACUUAGAGAAGCAGGUGCUAUAAUCUUAGGAAAGACAAACCCCAGCGAGUGGGGCAGUUUUCGAAUAUUUAAUUCGAGCAACGGCUGGUCAGCAUAUGGGGGUCAGACAUACGGACCCUUCUAUCCCCAUCAAGACCCCUCUGGAAGCUCAAGCGGAAGUGCUGUGGCGGCAUCUCUUGGUCUGGCUACAAUUACGCUAGGUGCUGAAACGUGUGGAUCAAUCAUCGAUCCUGCCAGUUAUAACAAUGUUGUAGGAAUGAAGCCAACUGUUGGAUUUACAUCUCGACAUCUUGUAAUUCCGAUCAGCGAGCACAUGGAUACUAUCGGGCCUCUUACAAAAACCGUGAAAGAUUCAGCGUACUUGCUGCAAGGUAUUGCAGGUUUCGACAUUCAUGACAACUACACCUCUGCUAUCCCAGAAGACGUUGACAUGGACUUUGUUGGCGCCUGCAAACUCUCUGCACUUAAAGGUGCGCGGCUGGGUGUGCCUCGUAACGUCAUUCAACUCAUGUCGAAUGGAAUCACACGGUCGAUGGUUAAAGCAUUUGACGACUCUUUGGAGGUUCUACGCGCGGCUGGUGCCGUGGUCGUAGAGAGCGACUUCCCAGCAGCGCGAGAGUUUCUAGAUGACAGUACGAUAGGCGCGAAAAUCAUGGGCGCCGACUUCGUUGUCAACAUCGAAAAUUACCUGCGGCAACUUGCUUACAAUCCACAUAACAUUAAGAACCUAGUUGAGCUACGCAAAUGGACGCAAGAUAGUUCACUAGAAGGGUAUCCAAGCAAACCAACAGAGCUCUGGGACACUGUGCUGCAAAAUUGGAACAAUACUGAAGCUGGAUUCUGGCGAGCAUAUCAGCAAGGUCUCUACUAUGACGGUGAAGGGGGCCUACUGGGUACCAUCGAGAGGCAUAAUCUCGACGCCGUCUUACUACCAUCACAUUUUUCGUGGAACUUUGCUGGUGUUGCUGGUGCGCCGAUCGUUUCUGUACCGAUUGGGGCCAUGCAUUCUGACCAGCCCAUCGUCUCUGACGCUGAUGGAUUAGUGUCGUCGGCGCCCAAUAUUCCAUUUGGUUUUAGUUUCCUAGGUGCAAAAUUCAAUGAUGCGAAGAUUAUCGGAUUGGCCUACGCCUUUGAACAACGGACACUUCCAUCCCCCACCGAAGCGCCCUCCAUGUCGCACUCGUCCUCGCAGUCAACCAACAAGAUGCUCAACACACUCCCCAAACCAACACGCGACCUGACCGAACUGGCAAAAGAGGAAAGGAGUUUCACCUUCAACCACUUUACAUGCGAGCAUGCCUGGGUCAUUGGGAAUAUCCUCCGAAACGCGUUAAGAACAGCCGAAUGCCCCGCGCUUAUCCAGAUCUCGUCUGCGAAUCAGACGCUGUUCCACUCGCCGAGUUUGCCUGGCAUAAUGCCCGAUCACGAGAAGUGGUCCGAGAGGAAGCGCAACACUGUGCUGAGAUGGGGACAUUCUACCUGGUUCAUGAGUUGCCAGUUUGAAGGAGACUACAAAAGGUUCGCUGAGCACAACGCCAUGAGCGGCGACGAGUGGUCAAGAUACACCAUUGAAGGUGGCGGAUACCCCGUCUUUGUGAAGGGUGUGGAAGGUGUUGUUGGCGCAAUCGUUGUGGUCGGUCUCAGCGUAGACAGUGAGCAGGCGCAUGGCGUCGUGGUCAAAGCAGUCGAGGAAUACAAGGACCUCCGGGAAGGUUUUCGGAGUCCAAUGAGGAGCAUGACGGUGAAAUGA